AUGUACUCUUUUCAGGAUUGGGCUUUUAAAUACGUACAACAUGAAUGGUUGAAAUGUGCGGCUCGCAAAAACAGUCAGUUUGAAGCGGUUGACAUACUAAUUGAGCAGCUCAAAGAACUCUCGGAGGCUCUGCUGAAGGUCGUUGUGAACAUAACCGACCAGAACGGCAAUACCGCUUUGCACUAUGCUGUAUCCCACGGAAAUUUUCUCGUUGUAUCGUCCUUGUUGGAUUCGGGUGAAUGUCAAUUAAAUCUUGCGAAUCGAGCCGGUUAUUCUGCUGUGAUGUUGGCUGCUCUCUGCUCGCUGGAAAACGACGUGGAAAAGGUCGUUGUUCAAAGGUUAUUUGAGUUGGGUGACGUGAAUGCACGUGCCGCACAGCACGGACAGACUGCAUUAAUGUUAUCAGUGUCUCAUGGUAAGAUGAGCACUACCGAAUUGUUGCUGGCAUGCGGAGCGGAUGUUAAUCUACAGGACGAAGAAGGCUCUACAGCCCUUAUGUGUGCUGCCGAACAUGGUCACAAGGAAAUCGUUAAGCUUCUACUGUCACAACCGGGGAUUGAUGCCGCAUUAACAGACUGUGACAGUUCCACGGCGCUAUCCAUUGCUGUUGAAAAUGGGCACAGAGAUAUUGGAGUAUUGAUCUACGCACACUUGAAUUACAAUCGAGCGGACUCCAUCGAAGAGGCAAAGGUCCAUAACUGA